AUUUAAAGGUUGAAUAAAUGACAUCAAUAGCAACUGCUGGACCUAUAGUUAGGCAUUCACCUGAAACAAAAUGGUACGAUUAUGGAGAUCUGGAAUGUGCUGAGCAAUUAACCUCUAAUUUCAAUUAUCUUAAUAGCAUCGAGGAACAAGCAGAGAUUUUGCUGAAAAGAGACUGUGAAUUGCAGUGGCAGAUGCAAAGUAAAAAAAACAUGACUGAGACAGCAUGGCUGAGCACAAUUCUGACGCGUGGUACUGCCAAUGAUAAAGUAACUGCAAUGCAAAUAUUGACACAACGACAUCCAGUUCAUUCCCUUCCACAUGUCGCUGCAUUGGUUAAUACCGUUGCCAAGAAAAAUACAAGAGAGGCAUUUUCUGUACUCGGCUUGCUAAAAGACUUAUUUAUCAAUGAAUUAUUACCGCCAACGCGAAAAUUGAUCCCCUUUGCAGCGAGACCAGUAGAUAAAAUAAAUUUAUCAUCGUUGGACAAGGAUUUCAAUUUGAAAAAGAAACUUAUACUCUGGAAAUUUGAGUCGGACUUGAAAGCUGUAUACGAGAAAUUUAUCGUUGCAAUAGAGCGACUGGCUGGAGAAAAUAUAGAGAAAUUAGGCAUAUUGUCUUGCCGCUACGCCCUGGAACUCUUGAUAGCACGUGCCGAGCAAGAACAGAAUUUGCUAUCUCUGCUUAUCAACAAACUCGGACAUCCGAAUAAAACAUUGGCUACACGUGUUUGUGGCUAUCUGCUGCAGUUGACCAGAAAACAACCGCUGAUGCGUCACAUCGUUGUUAAAGAAGUGGAGCGACUUAUCUACCGAAAGAAUAUUUCGUGCUGCACACAGCUUCAUGCAGUCUCAUUUUUGUCUCAAAUGAAUCUGCAUGGUUGUGACCCAACGCUUGCGUCAACACUGCUUAAUAUCUAUAUAGGAUUGUUUCGAAUGUUAGUUUUGAAUAAGAAAAUGGAUGACAAAAUAUUGAAUGUUUUACUGUUGGCUACAAAUCGAGCUUUCUCAUUUGCGAAAGGUGAUGUAGAUAAGUUGAUCAAAGAAAUCGACACCUUAUACAAAAUUUUGCACCAAUCAAACUUCUCGACUGCGCUGCAGACAUUGAAAUUAUUGUAUCAGCUUCUUAUAGCAAGUGAAGGAAUUUCGGAUCGUUUUUAUGCCGCUCUUUACCGACGUAUAUUGGAUCUUCAACAUGGCACAAAUGUAGAUAGGCCGUUGUUUUCAUUGUUAUAUCGAGCUUUAUCUUCCGAUGUUGUUGAACAUAGAGUUAUUGCAUUCAUCAAGCGUCUUCUGCAGCUGUCUCUCUGCCGGAAUGCUUCAUUUGCUGCUGCAACGUUAAUUUUGAUUUCGCGAUUGACAGAGAGGCGACCGUCAUUAUUAAUAAUUAAGAAGGCUGCUGAUGUUACAAAAUUCAGUAAGGAUAUGAAGGCGGAAGUUAUUGAUGAUGAUGAGGAAGUGUAUCAUGAUUUCGAUCCUGCCACAGAAGCAGUAACUACCGAGAUUCCAGUGAUCUCAGCAUUUGAAAGUAAUGAGAAAUUAAUUAGUGAUAUCAAGCCGUGUGAAAAGAAGCUCUUUGGAUGGAUGCACAAAAACAAUAUUGUGGUACGAAGUGAUGCUACAACAUACGACCCAGUGGUUAGGAAUCCACUGUUCUCUCGUGCUGAUAAAAGUAUUGCUGCAGAACUGAUACUAUUAACCAUGCAUUAUCAUCCUUCAGUUGCUGUGUUUGCGUCGAAUCUGCUUAAUGGCAUAUCAAUACGAUAUGAUAGUGAUCCGUUGCUCGAUUUUACGCAAAUGCGCUUCCUUGAUCGUUUCGUAUUUCGGAAUCCCAAAAUAAAAAAUACGAAUGAGAAAGUUAUGCGACGCAAAGUCUACGAUCCUCAUGGUGUUAGGAAGCUACCAGUUAUAUCGAAGGAAUAUGCUGCAAAAAGCAGAAAUGAAAUACCAAUCGAUGAAAGGUUUUUACACCGUUAUGCAUCCAUGAAAAUGCGGAUGAGGGAAGAAAACGAAGGCGAAGCUGUUCAUGAUGAUGAUGAUAUUGAAAGCAUCAACUCCGAUGAGUUUAAUAUGUUGCUAGACCGUUUCGAGCCAGGUGAACGAAGAGAAGUAUUUGAUGUUGACUUCAGUCAAGAAUUCAGUGCUGAAAAGAGGAAGCAGAAGAAAGAAGUUAGAGGCCGAAAGCGGCCACUUGAAAAUGAUACUGAUGAGGAUGAAGAGGAUGAUAUGGAAAAAGAGAAUAUGAUGGAUGUUGAUGAGGAUGAGGAGCUUGAAGAGUGGAGUGAGAAAGAUAUUAAGGAAGAAUCAAAUAUUCUGGAGGAAGAAGAAUCAAGUAGAGACGAAUUUGUUGAACCGACAAAGGGAACUUAUGAUAGUGAUGAUUCUGAUGAUUUUACUCAACAAUUCAGUUAUGUGGAAGAUGCUGCAAUAAGUGCUGAUAAGUUCACGGCGAUGUUGGAAGAAGAAAAUGAUUCACAGAAAAAGGAAUCGAAAAGGAAGAUUAAAAAGAUCCAUGGAUUUAAGGAACGGAAGGAUCGGUAAAUUCCAAUGAAAUCAAAGUAGCAUGGAGCUGUUAUUUGUUACUUGUUACCGUUUUAUGAACUUUGUGUUUUAGUUUUUAGCUCCUACAAAGAAUCAUACACUUGUUUGAAAGUCUAUCCAUGCAUCUCAUAUUUUAGCUCUGCAUUCUAUCCCAAAAGCAUAAGUAAUUUUGUAAUGAUUAAUGCAGUAAUGCUGUGAAUAAUAUUCCUUGCUCUGAGCAUAAAUAUAAUUGCAUGGGGCGUAGAGCUCACUCAAACGUUACAACUUCUAAAUAGUUUUAUGUUAUUUCGUACUGUUUUUGAUGAAAGGCUCAUAUGUUGUUUGUUCAGUGUUUGCAAACUUGAAUAUUUGAUGAAUCACUCAUGCUUGUUCAUCACCGCGUCGCCGCGCAAUAACGAUCAAAUUUUAAGUUAUUUUGCGAUAUUCUUCUUUUCUAUAUAAUCUAAAGCUGGAAAGCUAAUAGUAAGCCCAGAGAGCAAAUGUCCCUAAUGAUAUUUCUCAUGUACUAUCGAAGAUCAGUUACUUUUGAUUCAGAAUCGCAAAAUAAUGGUCUGAAGGCUAAUGGUAUAGUACUAUUGCGA